CUUGACCAAGUACAAUACAUCAUCGAGACCGUCGUUGAUCAGCUCGCAGAUAAUCCUGACCGUAAAUUCAUCCAAGUCGAACAGGGGUUUUUCUUCUUAUGGUGGCAGCAGCAGGGUGAGACAAUGAGAAAUAGAGUCAGGAAGCUUGUCGCUUCUGGUCAACUUGAGUUCAUCAACGGCGGGUGGGUGAUGCACGAUGAGGCGGUGUGCCAUUACACGGACAUGGUGCACCAGAUGUCCAUGGGCCAUCGCUUCAUCCAGGAGCACUUCAACAUCACUCCACGCGUCGCAUGGCAGAUUGACCCCUUCGGCCACUCCGCCACCCAGGCUAGCCUCAUCACCUCGCAGGGUGGCUUGGACGCCUUUAUCUUUGGCCGAGCGGACUAUAAAGACAUGGAGAAGCGCAAAGCAGAGCAGAAGAUGGAGUUCGUGUGGCGGGCGGGCACAGGUGCUCCCAGGGAUACGCAGGUGUUCACUGGGAUUCUGUACGAUGGAUACUACUCGCCGCAGGAGUUCCGCUACCAGCAGACAGACAGCCCAGAGUACCGAUUCAGGGACUGGCCGAACGAGAGAAAUCCCAACGUGGAGCAAUUUGUGAAUUUUUUUGUUCAGGAGACAUUGAACAGGGCGCGGGCGUUCCGCACAAACCACCUGCUGUUCCCCAUGGGCGAGGACUUCUCGUUCAACGAGGCCAUCAUGUGGUUCAAGAACAUGGACAAGCUCAUUCAUUACGUCAACCUGGAUGGCCGGGUCAACGCCCUCUACUCCACGCCGUCCCUCUAUGUGGACGCCGUUCAAAAGGAGAACAAGACGUGGCCUCUCAAGACCGGUGACAUGUUCCCCUAUGCCGACGCCCCAAACUUCGUCUGGACGGGGUAUUUCGCCAGCCGGGCAAACUUCAAGCGUUUUGCUCGCGCCUGCAGCUCCCUGCUGCUGGCGACCACAAUUCUCGAGGCUGCGGUGGGCAAGACCGCUCUGAGGGACUGGGGGCUGAAGACCCACAGGAUGAUCGCUACAGACGAGUUUCUGUUUGACAAUCACCUGGGAAAGAACCUGAAACCCACCAGCGGGACAGAAGGGGCCGAACGUGGUGGAGCCGUGGGAGAGGGUGGGGGAGGAGGGAGUGGAGAAGGGGGAGUGGGAGGGAAUGUUGAGAGUGGUGAGUGGGAGGAGUGGGAGAGGGUGGGUGCGGGUGCGAGGAGGAGGAGGGUGGCGUCAACGUUCCCUUUGGAGGAGGCAGUGGCGGUGGCACAGCACCACGAUGCCAUCACAGGCACGGCCCAGCAGCACGUGAAUGACGACUACACAAUCCGCCUGCACCGAGCCACACAGGAGGUGAGGAAAGCGGGGGAGGGUGGGGGUGGAAGCGGUGGGAAGAGUGGUAUGGGGGGGUUGGGUGGGGUAGAGCAGCAAGUGAAUGUUGCCCUCAUGGCCUCCACUGUAGUGGCAGCUGCUCUUGUUCACCUCAUCACCCAAGCAGCCCCCACCACUCUCCCGCCGCGCUCCUCUUCCCCAACGUCCAGCUCAACUCCCCAAGACCCAUCUCGAGCCUUCUUCACACCCACUGCUGACCCAACAAUGGGGCCCUCAGACUUCCCUCCCUUCAAUGACCCCACACUUGAUCCUGCUGCUCAGUUACAAGCCCAGCCAUGGGAUCCUGUGUCCUCGCCAUCAGUCCUGGUGACAGACUCGUCCAACUCCCCCAUCCCAGCCCAAAUCGUCACCGAAACCCUCGUAGACCCCAACACACGCGCCUUCUAUGUUGCAGCAUACACUGGUCAGUUGCCCCAGGAGCCCCAGCAGUCUCAGCAGCAGCCCCAGCAGCCAGGGCAGCAGGAGGGGCAAAUGGACGGGGCCCAGCAGCAGCAGGAGGGGCGGCAAAUGUCGGUUGUGUUCCGUGCCGAGGUGCCUCCUCUUGGAUACACUACUUUCUUCCUCACUGCCGUGCCACCAGGCACACAAGGAGCAGCCGUCAUCAGCACUACAGAGUCUGCAGAAGUCCCUGCCCUCAAAGACCCAACCGGAACCCCCAACAGCGCAAACACAGCAAAUUCUCCAGCUCAAAACAUCGUUCUAGGGGGCUUUAAAGCCGACUCAUCUUCUGCUGGUGGUGCUGGUGGUGCUGCUGGCAAGGGUACUGGUGCAGGCAAGGAAGGAGAGAGUGCACUGCGAGUGACGUUCACCAAGGCAGCGUAUGGCAUGACGCAGAUGGAGCUUGUCCGACAGACAGAUGGUGAACAAGUGACUGUGGAUGUGGCGCAGCCUGUCAGGUCGGACGUCCUGGAGUAUGUCACACAAAAGGGUGGAGCCUACAUAUUUGACCCCACUGCUGAAGCAACCAACCCAACUCAGAGAGACGACCGGGUGUCCAUCCGCGUUCAACGUGGACCAAUCGUGGAAGAGUUCUCUCGACAAGUUGCCCCAUGGAUUUCAGAGACCUUCCGGGUGUACCCAGGUUGUGACUAUGCCGAACUGCACUAUGUGAUCGGGCCAACCCCCGAAGACAGCAAGGGUCACGAGGUUGUGACUCGCUUUUCAGCCCCCAUCAACAGCAACAAGACCUUUUUCACUGACUCUAAUGGCAGGCGGUACCUCAAACGGAUCGUGGACCAUCGCGCUGAUUGGGAGCUUACAGUCACCGAUCCCAUCGCAGGCAAUUUCUAUCCGGUGACGGUGGGCGCGUUCAUCGGGGAUGGCGAGUCACAGCUGUCACUGCUGGUGGACCGAGCAGCCGGUGCUGCCAGCCUGGGAGCCGGACAGCUCGAAGUCAUGCUGCACCGGGCACUGGUGACAGUGGACAUGAAGGGAGUGGGGGAGAUUCUCAACGAGCAAAUCGCAUUCAAUGGCAACAAUGAACGCCUCAUGGUCAUAGGCUCCAUCCGCUUUGGCUUGCACCCAGGGGGCAGCACAGGGGUGGCAGAAGAGGAGCACGAUGAGGAGCAACCUACAGCAACCACUUCUGCCGUUGCCCCUGCUGAUGCUGACGCGGCCACUGCAACCCCCCAUGGAAGGCGAGGGGCUGAGACGGACGGAGGAGGGGGCAAAGAGGAGGCGAAUCAGGGUUUCUCAGAGAUGGGCCGGCCUCGGGAAAGGCGUGGCGGGGAGAGGCAGGAGGGAGAGGGUGGGGGGAAGGGGCAGGGGGCGGAGUGGAGGAGGGUGCACGCCCAGCGCCUUAUUGCUCCUCUGCAGCUGGCAUUUGCUGUGGAGACAAAGGAGGCCAUAAGAGCAGCGGAGGCAUCCCACAGGUGGCGUUACUCCAUCUCGCAGGGAGAACGUGCCAUCAAUUCUCGCACACCCAAGUCUGCUUACUCCCUGCCACCCAACGUUGCUGUCAUCUCCUUCCAGCCGCAAGAGGGUAGCGGAAUCGAAACCCCCUGUAGCGCGGAUGGCGAUACCCGAGAAAGCGAUGCAGUCACGACUGCUACAGCAGAACCAACAGGGCGAGGGGAAGCUUGUAGGGCCGUACCAGCAGCAGUAGGAGUAGGAGGGGCGGGAUCGGUGACGGUGGAUUACUCGCUGCUGAUGAAGCGAAUGGUGACGACGGGGUUCCAAGCCACGUGUCUGGGACAAGCGAUUAAUGAAGUCAACCGAAUGCUCUCAUGGCGGUUGAGCGAUGAUCCGCCCAAGCCAGACGACACGGAGGAAGAGAGGGACCCGGCUUUCAGGUCGUCGGUGCGGUGCAAGAUCUUUCUGGGAUUCACCUCCAACCUCAUGAGCUCGGGGCUCCGAGAAACGUUCUGCUUCCUGGCAAAGCACAAACUGGUGGAUGUGAUAGUGACAACAGCGGGGGGCAUAGAAGAGGACGUGAUAAAGUGCCUGGCGCCCACGCUCCUGGGUGACUUCUCCCUGGCGGGGAAGGACCUGCGGGCCAAGGGGCUGAACCGCAUCGGCAACCUGCUCGUGCCGAACAACAACUACUGCCUCUUUGAGGACUGGGUGCUGCCCGUGCUGGAUGCUUGUCUUGAGGAGCAGAAAACGCAGAACGGCAUCCCGGUGUUGUGUCCAGCCAUCACGGACGGGUCCCUGGGUGACAUGAUCUACUUCCACUCCUGGCGAAUGAACAGUGUUUCCCCCCACCCCAACAACAAUUCCACCCCUGCGGCUCCCCUCCUCCUCCUCCUCCUCUCUUCCCCCUCUUCCCCACCUCCCCUCUUCCCCCCAGACAUCCGGCGGAUGAACGGUGAGGCAGUGAACGCCACCCCGCGGCAAACGGGCGUGAUCAUUCUGGGAGGGGGGCUGCCGAAGCACCACAUCUGCAACGCCAACAUGAUGCGCAACGGGGCUGACUACGCGGUCUACAUCAACACAGCGAGCGAGUUCGAUGGCAGCGACUCGGGGGCCAGGCCUGACGAGGCUAAUUCCCAUGUGAUUUCACCCAUCCCCUCUGCCCUUUCACCCAUCUCCUCCAUCCUCCAUUUUCCCCUUGGCCACCUGCAGGUGUAUUGCGAUGCCACCAUUGCCUUCCCCCUGCUUGUAGCCGAGACGUUUGCCCCCCACUUACAGGAGCGAGUGCAGCAGCAGGAGCAAGCAAAGCAGGAGGUGCAAGCAAAGGAGUAG